AUGACCCACGACCAUGACGACGACUUGGCCUCAAGCAAGACUGCUGGCUUCAAGGUUGGUGAGAAGAAGACUCUUGAGGAAUAUCAUCAGCUAGACGCCAACGACGAAUCCCUCAAGCGAUGGAAAGCCUCUCUGGGCCUAGGAACCGGCAGCUCGAUAUCCGACCCCAACGACCCACGCAAGUGCAUCAUAAAGUCCCUCGCACUCGAGGUCGAGGGCCGCGACGACAUCACCAUCGACCUCUCCAGCCCGGGCUCGGUCGACAAGCUCAAGGACCAGCCCUUUACCAUCAAGGAGGGAUCCCGUUUCCGCAUCAAGGCGACGUUCGUUGUGCAGCAUGAGGUUCUUAGCGGGCUGAAGUACAUCCAAGUUGUGAAGAGGAAAGGGGUUAGGAUUAGCAAGGAUGAGGAGAUGCUGGGGAGCUACCCGCCCAGCACCACAGAUAAACCGCUGUAUGAAAAGAAGUUCAAUGCCGAAGAGGCCCCGUCCGGCAUGAUUGCUCGAGGCCAUUACAACGCACUCUCCAGAUUCGUGGAUGACGAUGACAUCACCCAUCUCAAGUUCGAGUGGUCCUUUAACAUCGCCAAGGAUUGGUAG